GAUUACAAAACCAAACAAAUGUAGCUGCCGCCUUUAACAUUUGAAAGGAAGGGGUUUUCCGCCAUUAACCUCACAUCACCUCUCUCCUCGAUCGUUGUUCUUUCAAUUUUUGAUGAUUUGAUGAACAUGGAGUCAUCCACUUGCCCCUUCUGUGAUUUAUCUGUUCCUUCCUCUGAACUCCAAUCGCACGCUAACGCCCAUUUCGACGACAACGACGCUGAUUAUAGCUCCCCUUCGGUUAGUGGUUUGCACUUUGGUGGUGGAGUAAGGGGUAGGGAUAAUGUGGUUUUGAAAAUGUAUGAAAAGAUCUCUUGCUUAGUUGAUGUGCAAAGAAGGGGAGAGUUUUACAAGGUUGAAAGAGGUUUGAUGGCCUUGUUGAGAGACUGUUUGGAGUCUGAGGCUGAAAACUCAAGAAGCAUUUUGACAUGUUAUGUUGAUCAUUUCCAGAGCCUUGAGUUUAAGGAUGUUGGAUGGGGUUGUGGUUGGCGUAACAUUCAAAUGCUUAGCUCUCACUUAAUGACACAAAGGCCAGAAGCAAGAGAAGCUAUGUUUGGCCGUUCAGGGUUUGUUCCUGAUAUCCCAUCACUCCAGAGGUGGCUUGAGAUUGCUUGGGAAAGGGGUUUUGAUGCACCUGGUGCUGAACAGUUUAACCAUGCUGUCUAUGGCUCAAAAAAAUGGAUUGGAGCUACUGAAUGUGCUGCCCUUUUGCGUUCUUUUGGUCUCCGGGUGAGGGUAGUGGAUUUUGGUCCUAAGGAAUCUGAGGAACUCUAUCUAUCUGUCCUUGGUUCAAGUGUUGGGGAAAAGGAUCUUGUGAAAAGUAACGAUAAAAGGAAGAGGAAAACAUCAAAUACUUAUGGACCAAUGGAUAGAUAUGUGUCUCGCUGUGUUGCUCAAUCAAGUUGCAACCAAGAUGCAAAGUCAUGUCCUUCCCUUGUACGUGUUGGUGACGCUGUGGAUAAAGAAAGUAGUAGUGGUAAUAGAGUACUAUACGGCAAAGAGAAACUAAAUGAGGGUCACCAAGUUCUUAUGGACUUUGUGUGGAAUUACUUCUCCCAUAAAAACACCGUUCAAUUUGAUCACAACAAUGUUCUUAUCAGUGAGAAAACGCCACUGUACUUUCAGCAUGAUGGACAUUCAAGAACAAUAGUUGGAAUUCAAGUCAAGCAUCAACGGUCUGGAAUUGCACAAUACAAUCUCCUGGUUCUGGAUCCCGGUCAUAGAACUGGUGCUCUAGAAAGAUCUCUUAUAGAGAAAGUUGGAUGGCAGAAACUCAUAAAAAGAGGAGUGCACACACUAAAGAAGCCACAAUACCAGUUGUGUUAUGUUGAUCCUGGAAUUGCCAGUGAGGAGGAGAUGAAGAAACUCAAGACAAUUGAUAGUGUCUUCCUUGAAUUUUAAAGAACCAUACAAAGGACCUUGCUACAUAAAGAUGAAAUACAUCAAAUUUGAGUUUUAGACGGCUGCAAUUCCACUGAGAUUCAAAACAGGUAGGGGAAGGAAAUGAGGUUUCAAUUGUAUGCAGGUUUAUUGAAUUUACAUUUAGGUGCAGAGAUUUGAGAGUUGCAUUCUAUACUUUUUACUACUGGAAUAACUUCCGCAGCAUUUUUUAGUCAUAUCUGGGUCGGUUCGGUAGUGCAAUCCGUUUUCACAACAUAUACGAUAUAGGAUGAGAAGGAACUUGAACAUACUAUUUGCCAAGACCGGUUACUAAUGGAACCAGAAUCGGAGCCAUCAAAGGAAGCAACUGCUUCUACAUUCUACAAGCACCACCCUCUUGCCAUGGACUUCACCAUUUUAAUUGAUAUUGCCGUAAUGGUCCCUACCAUCACUGCUUAUGCUUUCACACUCAAAAUUCAGAUAAUAUCAUAUGUUGAUUCAUUUAGUCAUUUUGGAUAAUUUUAAUGCAAUGUUACUUUGGUUUAUAUAAUUUUUCCCUUUUACUCAAACUA